AUGCGCAGAGGACGAAGGAGUGAAAGAUGGCGGCGCAGGAAUUUCCCACGCCGCUGCACGGUCACGCGGGUCGGGGCGCUUUCGGCGACGUGUACGAGCCCGCGGAAGACACGUUCCUGCUGCUGGACGCGCUCCAGGCGGCAGCAGCCGAUUUGGCUGGAGUGGAAAUUUGCCUUGAAGUUGGGUCAGGGUCUGGUGUGGUAUCUGCAUUUCUAGCCUCUAUGAUAGGACCUCAGGCUUUGUACAUGUGCACUGAUAUCAACCCUGAUGCAGCAGUUUGCACCCUGGAAACAGGACGCCGUAAUAAUGUCCACAUUCAACCAGUAAUUACAGAUUUGGUUAAAGGCUUAUUACCAAGACUGAAGGAAAAAGUUGAUCUUCUGGUGUUCAAUCCCCCCUACGUUGUGACUCCACCUGAAGAGGUGGGAAGCCACGGAAUAGCAGCAGCUUGGGCUGGUGGCAGAAAUGGCCGAGAAGUUAUGGACAGAUUCUUUCCCCUAGCAUCAGACCUCCUUUCCCCAAGAGGAUUAUUCUAUUUAGUUACCAUAAAAGAAAAUAAUCCAGAAGACAUUUUGAAAACAUUGAAGACAAAAGGCCUACAAGGGACCACUGUACUUACCAGACAGGCAGGCCAAGAAAACCUUUCCAUCCUCAAGUUCACCAAGUCCUGAUAUAUCAAGAGCUACCAGAAGUAUGCUGAGAGAUACUGUGAACUAAAUGUAUUUUGAAACUGAAGUCAUUCCUUGGUUAAGAAAUCUUAUCAGAAAUUUGUCAUUAAAACAAAAAAAGAGGUGGAAAGAUAGAGCAUUCUCUUUUACCAGGGAAUCAACUUUACAGAAGUAUUUAUACAUGUGCAGUUAAGUAUGUAUAUUUGUAAUUUGCAUUUUAUAUGUAAAGGUUAUAUUUAAUUACAUGUGAAUGUAUAUUCAUUUCAGCAUUGGUUCUACUAGCAAAACAGUGGAAUCAACCUAAAUGUCCAUCAGGAAGGUGAUUGGUUAAAAUAAAUUACAGUAUAUCUAUUUUACUGAACAUGCAACCAUG